UCUCAUAUCACAAGUGGACGACGCGUAAAGGAAGGACACAUUUCAGGAGGACAGUCAAUGUUCGUUACGAGGAGUUUGUUACUGUGUUCAAAGUAUACAGUGAGGAGCAAUUCGACUCGUGAGGUAAUACAGUGAAUGUAUUAACGGAUUUUAUACGUUAAUAAUCUUGAAAGAUCGUCACAUCUCCAAUAGCGCGUACCCUGCUGUACAAGGAUGGGCGUAACCAUAGAAACCUGGAGAGCCCGGAUUGGACUACACAGCCAACCCAACAAGAGCCAGAAGACUACCACCACUCAGGGCAUGACAACAGGAGGGGGCAGCUUCUCGUGUCGACCGCGGCACAUUCUCAUGGUCAUCGGACUUCUGCUGCUUCUCAGUGGAAACGUAGAACUGAACCCAGGGCCGUCAUCACGACGACAGCAGCCUCCGCAGCAGAACAACCCCUCGAACCGACCGUAUACCAACAAAGACGAAUCAUUCACCACCACGGAAGUGCUUGACAUCCUCCAAAAUCCUGACUUCAGCAGAGUCACCACCCAGCCUCCCGUAAAACCACGGGCAGGACAGGCCUUUCUCUAUCACUUCACUGAUGUCAACAAACGAGAUGACUGGAGAUGUGACCAAUACCACUUCCACCAUAAUGCCACACGAGAACAACCCAAAGCAGAUCCAAAGUUCAAGAAGUUGUUCUUUGUUAUAAAGACCAGGGAAGGCAAGGACAAGAGGUUUAAGAAGCAUGCCUAUAUUCAUUUAGCAGAAGACAAUCAUCUUGUGCUAUUCCAAUACAUUGGAGAUGAGAGAAUUGCUGAAGAUCUUCCUCAUGGUAACUCCAAGAAUGCAUCUGUUCCAUACAUUCGACUUUGUCCAUCUGUAAUCAGAGCCAUCAAAGAUGUUUCCAGCAAUUUCACAGAAACUUUGACUUCUUUAAAUCGGCAAGCAGCUACUUCAGAUGUUCCAGAAGUAUAUAAACCACGGUCACGUCUUCACGUCAUGAACACUAGAUACAGGGGGCAAAAAGACUGCACAAAGGAAAAUCACACCAACAGCCUGGACAAAACUGGAGAGCCUACGCUAUACAAUCUUGCAGUUGCUUUAAAGAAGGACACUGAAGUGGACAAGAUAGUACCUGAGAAAGGAAAAAGGAAAAAACCGAAAAGGCUAAAGAAUCUACAACACAUAGUUCGAGCAUCAUCUGAUUUCCCUGACAAUCAGGAUAAUCUACGGCCGACAGAAGACAGUCACGUGAUGCCAGUAAGAAAUCCAAAGACACCUUUGGACUUUCGGUUAGUAGAAUCAAACACAGCCUUAUCUACUGCUGGCGUUGAUAACACACAAGUGUUACACUCAGAAACGGGCGAAACAGAUCAUCUUCAUCCUUUGACGUGUGAUGGAGCAAACGUACCACAGACUAUAAGCAGAGAAAAAACAGACCAAGGAGCCUCAGAAGUGGUUGAUUUCCUUAAAACCAUUCUCCAAGAUCAAUGUAUUACCUCAAGCAAUUCUAUCUCUGCGAAUGCUCCUUCGACACAUGUAAAGGAAAACGAGUUGACAUUUUCCUCAUCCGAAGAUGGCAGCUGUCAAAUCACUUGUCAAGACAACAACAAGUCAAAUUCAGACAUCGCAGUACAGGCAUCAGGAAAAGAAACUCCAGCGCUGGUAGAAAAUGACAACAGUGAAAACACACAACCAGCUUCACUCGAAAACUUCAUUCACGCCAUUGUCAACGAUGGCAGGCUUGGGAAGAUUUUUCAGCUACUCCAUCAAAUUCAGAGUACAUGGAAUGUCAGUCAGCAGCAAUCCUAUUGUCAACACAGAGCCGAUGAACACUGGGCUUUUGAGCAUGAAGCAUCAGCUCACAGAUCAUCUGGCAACUCCUGUAUCAAAGAUAACGGCUCACAGUGGCUUUCAUCUUCUCUGCCUCUCACAGCUUCCACACUUAUCACACAAGUGAAAAAUCUAUGGGAGUCUGAUUUCAAUUUGACCAGUGACCUUCUUCUCAAAACUGAAACUGUUCAACAAUACACGAAUUCAAAUACCUUUCCACCUUUACUUGCAUCAUUAGUGUUAGGAGCAUUUAAAAUGCAAACAGACAUUGUUGAGUUUAUGGAAACUCUCAAAGAACGACCAGGGCAUUUAAAACCUGCAGGCAACGAUAUCAGUGUAGAGGUCUCAAACGAUGUACGCUUUAGCAUUGGCAGAUAUACAGUGGUUGGACAGGACCUGAUGAAGCUGAACAAAUCAUCAUGGCUGGACGACAGCGUGAUCCAUGCUUACCUAUAUCUGUUGGAAGACCGAUUCUCUAAAGAAGGCACGAAAAUAUUCAUCUUGGAAUGUUUCGUUGCUGAAUUCUGGGAAAAGAAGAAUUAUGGAGAGUGCUUGUAUAAAGAGGUAGCCCUGGUGGAGUACACGUGGAUCCUGAUGCCGAUGUGUCGACACAGUCACUGGAUACUGCUUGCUGCGAACAUAAGAAAUGGGGAUGUUUGUGUGAUUAACUCUAUACCCUCAGAGGAUACACAGAGAAAUAUUCUUCAGCACUGGAGGGCGUACAUGGCCUGUAGAAGUCGGGAAACGAAAGAGAAUCUUUCUACCUGGAGAGAGAUCCAGUGUCCCGUCUUCCCACAAACUGACGGCAACAGCUGUGGUGUGCAUAUUCUUAUGGCUGCUGAGGCAUUGCUGUCAGGUGUCUGUCCUGCUGUCAUGAGGAACUGUCACGUAUCUGGAUAUCGGGAGUUUGUUAAACACCAACUUCUAGAUGCAGCAGAGAUGCAUACAAAUGACAAUGAAGAAAUCAACGUUCACUCACCCGAGGAGGUGGAAAUCAUAGAGAUCCCCAUUGACACAAGUGCCAGCAAACAAGACGUUGAGGCGGAAGAUUUUCGGAAGAGGACAUCCACACAAACAUCUGUCAUCGAUGUCCACAAUCAAAGUGUCAUCUGUGAAGAACUAGUGGGAGAUAUUUCUAACAUAGAGGUGGAACCUUCGACUGUCACGACACAUGAACGAUUAGAUAAAUGUGGAGGUUUGACUGACAACACAAACAUUAUUGUAACAGAGAGUAUUCACAUCAGUGAAAACACGGGAUCAAUGGAGAUUACAGCAACAAGUGACAUGGUGCCAUCUGAACCGCAUGAUACAACACCAGGAUUGUGUCCAGAAGACAUACGUUCAUAUUGUGAAGAACUAUUUCAAAACCAAAAGUCUUCCUUUGUAGGCUUGACCCUUGUAUGCUUCAUGAAAGGACGUCUGCCAUUAACGGCUCUUGAUGACCAAGAAAAUACUUCCCCACUGAAAGACUAUAUUAAAUGGGGCUGCCAACUGUGUAAUUGUGAGGCAACUACAAACGCCGAAAUAAGGAAUGCGUUCCUUGGAUUAGAAAAGCUUGUCUUGACAUCAGAACAGAACUCACUUGUCAUACUUAGGAAUACCGAUAUAAAAAGAGCGCUAUCCACGGUGAUUGCAGAUCAUCUUCAAGAAUACAUUGACAUUAUUGAUCUAAAAUUCAUCUUCUUUCAUAUCAGGGUCAAUGAACAAGAUGGUGGUUUCUACGUGUGUCUAAAGGGGAAAAUGGUUGAGGAUUUGGCAAGACGAUUUGCAAAAGAGGUUUUGCAAAGUAACCUUGCUUUAGUGUUGUCUCACGAUUCUUUUGGGUAUUUUCACUUCAAUUUGUUGUUCUUGAAAGCGGUCAAACGUCAGUUAAAGUCUGAUGACAUCCAAAUUAUUUUGGAAAAUUCAGAUAGCACGUUUGGCGGAACAUUCAUCCAUUGGAUGUGCUUUGGGAGGAAUGCUGAACUCUUCAAAUCACUGUCGUUCUGCUUAACAGCUAAUCAAAAGGCUGCUUGUCUCACACCAUGUUGUAUUUCUGGUAAUUCCAACAUUGUGCAGUUACUCUGCAUAGAGACCGAUUUAACUGACUGUCUGAGGAAUCCUAAAAGUCGACUGACCCUACCAGGUAUUGCACAAAAUAUGGAGAGCCCUCUGACAAAUAUUGAAUCAUAUGACACCCAUGCCUUGCCAGCCCUACACCUCUCCAGUCUUUACGGACAUACUGGCGUAGUGUCUAAUCUCCUGGAGAAUGGAUUUGAUGUCAAUGCACAAUUAGUCGAAGGGUCCGGAACCAACAUACCGUUCCUACCCAUGAGUACUGCUGCUUUAGCUGCUGCAACUAAAGGGAAUAUAGAUGUUGUGAAAUGUCUGAUACAGCACGGUGCAGAUCUCAAUCUCCACGACAUCAUGUUCAACGCACCAAUACACUCUGCUUGUAGAUCAGGUAACCGUGACCUCGUGGCACUGAUUGCAAGACAAUGCUGCAUCUCAGAAGGGGAUGCUGAAGGGAAUACGCCCCUGCAUAUUGCUUGUAAGCGAGGGGAAUCAGAUAAUGUAUCCAUACUGCUGGAGAGAGGGGCUGACUGCACGGUGCUGAAUUACAACAAUGAAAUGCCACUGGAUAUAGUUUGUAAGGAGGGAUUUCUUGACGUCGCUAAGGUUAUUUUAAAUCAAAGGGGUUACCCGCUUCCUUACGAUGGGUCUAAUACACCUUUACAUAAAGCGUGUGCAGCAGGGUUUAGUGAUAUCAUUGAGUUACUGUUACAGUAUGAUGCUGAUAGAUCUGUCACUGUGGAUGACCAAAACCCCCUUUUGACUGCUGCAUAUUCAAACAAUGCUGAUGUGGUUAAGAUACUGCUUAAUACAAGCGCUGCAAACAUUGUCAUAUGUGAUUCAAAAAUUGUAUCAGAGUGUUUAGAAAAGGGACAUAUCGGGGUGGUUAAAAUACUGUUGGAGAAAGGAGCUUGUGUGAAGGGUAGAGGCAGGUAUGGGCAUUCACUACUGGCUAAAGCUUGUGAAAAGGGAGAUAUAGAGAUCGUUAAGCUACUGCUGGAGAAAGGGGCAAGUGUGGCUGAUAUCUUCAGGUAUAGGUAUUCACCAAUGGCUAGACCUUUUGAAAAGGGAGAUAUAGAGAUCGUUAAGCUACUGCUGGAGAAAGGGGAAAGUGUGACUGAUAUCGACAUGGAUCGGUAUUCACCACUGGCUAGAGCUUGUAAAAAGGGAUAUAUAGAGAUCGUUAAGCUACUGCUGGAGAAAGGGGCAAGUGUGACUGAUUUCGACAGGUAUAGGUAUUCACCACUGGCUAAAGCUUGUGGAAAGGGAGAUACAGAAAUUGUUAAGCUACUUCUGGAGAAAGGGGCAAGUCUGACUGAUACCGACUUGGAUAACUAUUCACCACUGGCUAAAGCUUGUGAAAAGGGAGAUAUAGAGAUCGUUAAGCUACUGCUGGAGAAAGGGGCAAGUGUGACUGAUCUCGACAUGGAUGGGUAUUCACUACUGGUUACAGCUUGUGAAAAGGGAGAUAUAGAGAUCGUUAAGCUACUGCUGGAGAAAGGGGCAUGUGUGACUAAUGUCGACAUGGAUGAUUAUUCACCACUGGCUAUAGCUUGUGAAAAGGGAGAUAUAGAGAUGGUUAAGCUACUGCUGGAGAAAGGGGCUGCUGAGACUGAUCUCGACAUGGUUGGGAAUUCACGACUGGUUAUACCUUGUCAAAAGGGAGAUAUAGAGAUCGUUAAGCUACUUCUGGAGAACGGGGCAAGUGUGACUGAUUUCGACAUGGAUGGGUAUUCACCACUGGCUAGAGCUUGUGAAAAGGGAGAUAUAGAGAUCGUUAGGCUACUGCUGGAGAAAGGGGCAAGUGUGAAUGAUAUCGAUAUGGAUGAUUAUUCAGCACUGGCUAAAGCUUGUGAAAAGGGAGAUAUAGAGAUCGUUAAGCUACUGCUGGAGGAAGGGGCUAGUGUGACUGGUCUCGAAAUGGGUGAGCCUUCACUACUGGCUAUACCUUGUGAAAAGGGAGAUAUAGAGAUCGUUAAGCUACUGCUGGAGAAAGGGGCAAGUCUGACUGCUAUCGACUUGCAUGGGUAUUCACCACUGGCUAGAGCUUGCGAAAAGGGAGAUAUAGAGAUCGUUAAGUUACUGCUGGAGAAAGGGGCAAGUCUGACUGAUAUCGACAUGGAUGAUUAUUCACCACUGGCUAGAGCUUGUGAAAAGGGAGAUAUAGAGAUCGUUAAGCUACUGUUGGAGAAAGGGGCUAGUGUGACUGAUAUCGACAGGUAUGGGUAUUUACCACCGGCUAGAGCUUGUGAAAAGGUAGAUAUAGAGAUGGUUAAGCUGCUGCUGAAGAAAGGGGCAAGUCUGACUGCUAACGACAUGGAUAGGUAUUCACCACUGGCUAGAGCUUGUGAAAAGGGAGAUAUAGAGAUGGUUAAGCUACUGCUGGAGAAAGGGGCAAGUGUGACUGCUAUCGACAGGUAUGGGUAUUCGCCACUGGCUAGAGCUUGUCAAAAGGGAGAUAUAGAGAUUGUUAAGCUACUGCUGGAGAAAGGGGAAAGUGUGACUGCUAUCGACAGGUAUGGGUAUUUACCACUGGCUAGAGCUUGUCAAAAGGGAGAUAUAGAGAUCGUUAAGCUACUGCUGGAGAAAGGGGCAAGUGUGACUGCUAUCGACAUGGAUGGGUAUUCACCACUGGCUAGAGCUUGUAAAAAGGGAGAUAUAGAGAUCGUUAAGCUACUCCUGGAGAAAGGGGCAAGUGUGACUGCUAUCGACAGGUAUAGGUAUUUACCACUGGCUAUAGCUUGUGAAAAGGGAGAUAUGGAGAUCGUUAAGCUACUGCUGGAGAAAGGGGCAAGUGUGACUGCUAUAGACAUGCAUGGGUAUUCACCACUGGCUACAGCAUGUCAAGAGGGAUAUAUAGAGAUAGUUAAGCUACUGCUGGUGAAAACAGCAAGUGUUUCUGAUACCGUCUUGGAUAAGUAUUCACCACUCGCUAGAGCUUGUGAAAAGGGACAUAUAGAAAUAGUUAAGCUGCUGCUUGAAAAAAGGCUUAGUGUGUCAGAUACCGACAUAGAUGGGUAUUUACCUCUUGUUACAGCUUGUGGAAAGGGAGUUUGUGUGUCAACUGUAUAUCAUUUUUUCCGACUGUCCAUCAAACGAUUGCAACUAGAUGUAACUAGAAAUAUCGACAUAUCAUCAUUUCUCAAAAGGGUUCUUCAAAAGAAACAUUUUAUUAUGUUUAGGAUGCUGCUUCCGAUACUUCCUUCAGAUGUAUCUCCAGAAUUCUUCCUUCAAGAAUUGUGUUGCCUUGACUCACCACAAGUUCUUUUAUUACUAACUGAAAUGUGCAAUGGAAUUUGUUUACAAAAUACACUUACAGCAGCAGAAGAUUUGAAAAAUGUCAAAUGCAUUGAAAUACUCAAUUUACUCAAUACUUAUGAUGUAAAAGGUAUUCUCCUCCACAGGGUUGUUGCAUGUGGCUACAUGAACUUGGUAAAACGUUAUUUUGAGAAAUUUCCAUCCAGUCAUCACGCAGACUCGUGUGUGAUGAUUGCAUCAAGAUAUGGACACACGGCUAUUGUUGAAUGGCUAUUGCACAAAUAUUCUAACGACAUGACUUGCAGAGAACUCUUUGGCAGAUGCAGUAUUCAAACUUUGUUUGACGAUAUCUCCGAAUCCAGUGUAACUGAAUAUAGGAAGGAUACGACAUCUCUCUUUGAAGCAUGUUACCAAGGACACACUAACAUAGUGAGAUUAUUGUUACAAUAUGAAAUGUACAUGUCGGAUCAGGCUGUUUCGUCAUCUUUUCAUUUGGUAUGUGAAAGAGGAAACAUUGGCGUACUACACUUACUGUUAGAUUCUGGGCUAUAUGUAGAUCAUGUGGAUGAAACUGGGAGCACGGGUCUCUAUAUCUGUAGUAGAAAUGCAAGAGAUUCGGCUGUGCAAGUGUUAUUAGAGAAUGGUGCAAAUCCAUGCCAUGUAAACAAUGAAGGUGAAACGCCUCUUCACGCAGCCAUGGAAAGUAAUAACUUCACUGUCAUGAAAUCACUCCUCAGGUAUACAACUUCAUUUUCAAAUGUGCCAGUUUCAAUGUUAAAUAAUGGUUAUCUGUUCAAGCUUGUAUCUGAAAAUAUUCACGAAAAGUCAUUAGCAGCUGUAGAUUCUGAUAGUAACUCACUUCUUCAUCAUGCUGUGAGAUUUGGCUUUCCUGACAGUGUUGCGACCUUACUGGAACGUGGUGUUGAUGGCUCUCUGACGAACUGCAAGAAAGAAACUGCGAUGCAUAUUGCUGCUGAGAGAGGGUGUCGGAAAAGCGUAAGGCUUCUCAUUCGAUACCAUCACACCAGUAAUGUUGAGAAUAUGGACAAACAGACACCACUCCAUUGUGCUGCGUCCGAAGGACAUUUGAACAUUGUUAAAGAUUUAAUUGAUUGCGAUUCAAAUGUAUCUUUGAAAGGUUGUCUGCACUAUGCUGCUAAAUCAGGUCAUGUAGAAACUGUGCAAUGCUUAAUAAACAAAGGGGCUGUAAUAAAUGAAACUUACUGUCAAAGUGAUACUCCGCUACAUCAUGCAUGUGAAUCAGGAAACAUCCAAACUGUUAAUGUGUUACUUUCAUCAAGAGCAGAUGUCAAUGCACAGGGACAUAAAGGACGCACUCCACUCCAUAUAGCAUGUGCAAGAGGAUAUGACGGAAUUGUUGACUGUUUAUUGAAUCAUGGUGCUGAUCCAAACCUCAGAAACAAAUUCAACAAUACGUCUCUUUUAUCAGCUGUAGUAGAGGGACACCUUGAUGUUAUCAAAGUAAUGAUGAUAAAGGGAGCUAAGGCCGAAAUAUCAGGAGCAAAUGGCAGUAACUAUUUGAUUGCAUGUUGUACACGAGGUCAUCUACAUGUGGCGAGGUACUUAAUAGAAAAUGGAGCUAACAUUUCUUCCAUUGGCCUUCAGUGUAUAUCCCCCUUUUCAGUGUCUUUGAGUGACAUAUUGGAAGAUGAAAGAGAAACCAUAGAAGACAUUCAAAAUACAGUUAGAAGUGGAAUUGAGGGUAUGACGUCACUGCAUGCUGCAAUGGAUGGUAACCACUUUGACGUAGCAGAGUAUCUUAUGAAUCAAGGUGCUGAUGUGCUUGAGAAUGACCAGUAUGGUAAAAGCGUGCUUAUGAAAAUAUGUGAGAAAGGUAAUUUGCAGGUAACAAAAGCAUUUCUUUCUUCUGGAUCAGUGUUUCCUUCAGUGUUGAGAAAACAUAUCAUUAAAGGAUUUACCCUACAAAAAACUCAAACUUCAUCUCAAUGUGAGAAAAAAUCAAGUGAUUCGGUGGCAGUGAGAGAAACAGGGCAUGUGAUAGAAGUAAUUGAUGAACCAGACACGGACUCUGUUAAUGUCCCUCCAGUCAAAGUAGCUUGUGACUGUGACCAUGGUGAUGUGGCUAGUUUACUUAUAGCAUACAGUGCUGGGUGGCUAUCAGACAUGGAUGACAGUCAUCUCUAUGACGGUAAAUCUCCCUUACAUCUUGCAUAUGAUGCUGGGUUUAUGGAUGUGGUUGCUUGUUUGUUGUCGUCAGCUACCAAUUCAAAUGCUGUAGAUUCAAAUGGUCACACAAUCUUCCAUAAAGCAUGUGAACAUGGGGACGUGAAAACAUUACAAAACAUAUUGAAAUUCAAUGUAGAGAUCAAACAGCAACUGUUUAUAAAAUCAAAAGAUGGAGAAAUGCUUUCUCACAUAACAUCACGAAGGGGGCAUUUGCAUAUUCUACAGAUGUUGCUCGAGGCUGGAAUGGAUCUCGAUCAUUUAACAGAUGAAGGUGACAAUGUCCUCCACCUGGCGUGUUCCUACGACAAAUACAGAGUAUGUACGUUCCUUCUCGAUACCAGUCCUAAUCUGGCAUGGGUAAAAAAUCACAAUGGUUUCACACCUCUCGACAUGGCAAUAGGGACUGGCAAUGACAAAAUUGUUAGAAUCUUCUUCGCUCAUGCAAAGUUAACCCAAUAUGGUAGAAUGCAAAACACCAUCUGGAUGUACCUCUGUGAGUCAAUGGACAACAUAAACAGGCUGAACGUUUUAGUCAGGUGCAGCAACGUUAUGGAGAUGACAGAUAAUCACGGCAACACACCAUUUCAUAUUGCCGCAAUGACAGGCAGUACUCGUGCUAUUGACUGUCUUCUAAAACAUGAUAGAAAAGAUUGUGUAAAGCUUUCAAAUAGUGACGGAGAUACGCCACUUCAUGUUGCCUCACAUCAAGGGCACUCCGCUGUGGUCCGUAUAUUAUCUCCGAACUUUGAAACAAAUGUGGCAAAUAACCUAGGUGACACGCCACUCCAUGUGUCUUGCCUCAAUGCCCAGAGAGGAUCUGUAUUGACUCUUCUAUCAGCUGAUUCAAACGUCAAUGCUGAGAACAACUGUGGUGAUACCCCUCUACAUAUGGUUUUACAUUCAUUUUUUACCAUGCCCGAUGCUAAACUGGCAGAAACCAUCAGAAUUAUUCAUCAUUUACUAGCAUAUGCAGCCGACCCAUGUUGCCAAAAUAUCAAUAGGAACACACCCUUGCAUGUCGCGUGUUCCUUAGGCAAAAUUGAAAUUGUUGCAAGUUUACUUACAUAUUAUAAAGAUCUCAACAUAAUGAAUAGAUGUGGUAAAACACCCCUACAUGUAGCUUGUGAAUAUGACCAUAGCGCCAUUGUGGACCUCCUACUUGAGCUGAUCUGGUUGAGGACGUUGCAAAAUGGAGAUGGUGGUGUUUACGUUGACUAUCAAGACAUUGAGAGUGCAACAUCCCUUCACAUUGCAUGCCGCAGGAAUAGUGUCCAAUCAGUCUCCCUUCUCCUUGAACAUGGUGCAGGCACCACAAUCAAAGACAACAAUGGUAACAUGCCUGUAUUUGUUGCUUGUGAAGCUGGUUGUGUUCAAGUUGUCAGGCAGCUGUUACCUUAUUCAUCACAUCAAGACGUGAACAGAUUUGGCGAAACUCUUCUAUUGGUUGCAUGUAGAAAUGGACACGAGGAUAUGUUUCAAAUCAUAGUUCACUGGGUUUACCAUGGUGCUGACCAGAACAUGGCAAGGUGGUUCCUGAAUGUUCCUGUUCCAAUUCACAUGAACAUGACAGCAUUACACAUAUCCAGUCACAUAAAAAAUGUGCACUUUGUGGAACAGUUGCUUCUUCGUGGAGCGGCACCCAAUACCCGUGAUGUGCAUGGUCAAACAGCGCUACACUAUAGCUGCAUCAACGCUUGUCGGGUAAUAGUAAGUGUGUUGUUGAAAUACAUGGCUGAUGUCUCUGUGUGCGAUGAACAUCUACGGACACCGCUCCACUACGCCUGUGAACGUGGAUCCCUGGACAUUGCUGAGAUGUUGGUGAUGGCAGGAGGGAAUCUUUACGUUCGUGAUCGAGAUGGACGAACUCCCCUUGACAUGUGCAGCACUGGACACAGAGUUCUACUGAAGCAAAGCUUGCGGUACUUGAGGAAACGCCAGUCGACCAGUUCUGAAGAUUCGCCGUGUUCUUCCAAACGCAUAAGAUAUGAUUCCACAAAAAGAGGGUGCACCUUUGAAGACGCACAGACCUGUCCACGUCCCAGAAGUGUACCACAGUUAAGGCGCAGUCACUCAAUGGGUGAGACACGGUGUGUGUCAUCAGAUGGGCAGUGCUUUCAGGAGUAAGACUGUCAGUUUGAGAAUGUUUAGUUCACUGACCCAUUCAAACAACUAUUGAAUGUUUCUCUCCGGAUACUUUAGAUGUAUGAUGGUGGUAUGUGAAUAAUCAUAUCUGCAUCAGACAAUCCAGUGACUGCUUGAACAAGUCCCAGUCUCACCAGUCACCCAGUCACCUCUAAGAAGAAGCAUGAAUUUGCUGGAGAUCAAUUCUAACCGGGAUCUUCACGCAUAAAGAAAAUAUUGAAAAUAUUUGUAUAUAAAUGUAUACAUGUAUACAUAAAGUGUGUUUAGUAUAAGGUGUGAUUAUGAGUACGUGUAUAUUAACACGACUGUUGUACAAAAUGUUUUUUUAGUGUAACAUAAGUUGAGCGCCAAUGGCUAUACAGUGCUCUAGUGUCAUUGUGUAUACAGUAAAUGUGUUAAGAGCAAAGUGCAUCAGGAAUUAAAUGAGUGCUGUGUACAAAAUGGCUACGUAUAAAAAAAUUCCGCAUUAUUGUGCUGAUUAUAUUUUGUAUUUAUGAAGAUCUGCUAGAUCAGUAAUGUUUUAGUGAAAAAAGUGCUUCUUAUAAAUGUGCUCUGGGUAAGUACUAGUAUCCACAAUGAUUAAGUAAUACUGUGCUGAUAGUCAAACCUAUUUACCAGGGUGGUGAUAAUUUGUUUUAUUACCUACGAGAGCGAAAAUACCGGGGUUCAUAUUUAUCAUAUGUUGCCCUAGGGCAAAAUACCACUUUGUCAUGGUGAGGUGACGUCAUGAACAAUGCUAUGACGUCACAUUUCUUCUAGGAAGUUGCGUUCUACAUGCGGCGACGGCGGGCAGCCAGCCUAUGUUUGAGAGUAGAUUUGGGUUUACGACUUACGAUUUAACGACUUCGGUAAUAAAUAGAAUAAUGUAUUCGUGCCCAUAUCAUACUAUGAUUACGAAACUCGUGCCUAAAGAUCGGUAAAUACCUAGCUCUCGCUCGGGAAAUACCAACAUUUAGGUACUCGUGUCGUAAACAUAGUAUGACAUGGGCACUCAUAUAAUAUCCUCUAUGUACUGAUAAUAAAACUUAUUUAGUAUGGCAUGCAUGAUAUAAUGUCUUUUUCAUUGCCUGUAUUACUUAUAUGUUCAAUGAACAUUAUGUUUAGCGAUAGAAUAUAAAUGAGAGUAUUUGUUAGGGAUAGUAAGGCAUAGAAGCGAGAACUAUCGACCUAGCAACUAUUCUUGCAGAUCCAAUAAAAUUACUGUCACGUG